UAAGUCCAGUUAGAGAAUAAAAUACUCCAUGUAUUAGUGAAGAUUUUAUAAAUUUCAUGGGUUUUCCACGCCAUUUCAUUCUCCAGCUCCUCAUGCUUCCCAUCUGGGUACAAGGAUCAGAUUCUCCAUACAGAAUAAAAUACAAAAAUAAUGAAACAGCCAUAUUUGGAGAAAAUGUGACCAUCUUCUGCAAUUUAACAACUCCAGCAGAUGUUGUGCAAAUUACCUGGCAGAAGAUUCAAGGUUCUUUGCCACAAAAUAUUGGCACAUAUAGCAGUAUAUAUGGAGAAAAGAUUCUUCCACCAUACAGAGAUCGGCUGCACUGUGAGGUCAUCGAACCCAAUUCCUCAUUCAUAACUAUCCGUGAAGUAACAUUUGAAGAUGAAGCCUGCUAUAAAUGUCUAUUUAAUGUGUUCCCACAUGGCAGCCAUGGCGGACAAAUCUGCCUUAACAUUAUAGCUGUAUCUGAAUUAAAAACUGAACUCCAGUCCAAUCUUGACUCUGAAGAUUUUCUUAGAUUUAUUUACUCAGCUGUGGGAAAACCUGUUCCUCAAAUAUCCCUUUUCCCAUCACGAGUCUUGAUUAAUCCACCAGAGGAAUACUUUGCUCAGAACCCAAAUGGCACGGUGACUAUCACUAAAAUGUACAACAUCUCCUUGGAGACUGUAAGGUCCCUAGGUCUCCAAUAUCUGACUGUGCGUAUGGAUCAUCCUCUAAGGAAUGAAGAAAAGAUUGUUCCAUUGUCAGUCAAACAAGAAUGUAAGUAG